AUGCCCCGCGGUCCUCGUCGCCCACCUCCUUCUUCCCUCCGUCUAGUGCAGGGUGCUCUACCACCACGCUGGACUCCAAAGCACACCCUCCCUUCCCUUCCUUGUCCCUCCUUCCAGCCCGACGUUACCCUCGCUCAUAGACCCAUGCCCCAACCCCGUACACGUCACGUAGAUCCAGUACGGCUCGCAUUCCCUGAUCUGCCACCACUGGAUGUAGAGAUUGUAAAUACUUACAGGUCUGCAUCAUCUACUCCGACAACAUCACCCAUAUCAGGGAAGCACAUCCGGGGCCCCUGGGAUCAUUCAAGCGGCAUCACGGUGCUAGUGGAUGUGGACAGUCUGAUCGCGCUGCCAAAGCCUGCAGCAAUAUGUCUGUAA